AUGUUCUCCCUCUUUCAGUCGGGCAAGCUGACCGAUGUCACCCUGCGCGUGGAGAACGUAAAGAUUCCCUGCCACCGGAUAGUCCUCACCGGAGCUUCCCCCUACUUCCGUGCCAUGUUCACUAGCGGAAUGAAGGAGGAGGCCGUGCCCGAGAUCUCCCUCCAUUACAUCACACCCCUCGCCCUUCAUCGCUUGGUCCAUUUCGCCUACACUGGCCAGAUUCGUGUGAACGAGUUGAAUGUCUGCGAGAUCCUAAGUGCAGCCACCAUGCUGCAGAUGAGCCCGGUGGUCAACGUCUGCUCCUCAUUCCUCGAGUCUCAGCUGCAUGUUUCCAAUGCCCUAGGCAUCCAGGAUUUCGCCAAUUCAGUGGGAUGUCUCUCUCUAGCUCGAAAGACUCAAGCCUUUAUCGACCGCAACUUCAGCGAGAUUGUGAAGCACGACGAACUGGUGAAUCUGUCUCCGGCUCAGUUCACCAGCUUGAUCCAGCGUGAUGAGAUACAUGUGCGCACGGAGGCUGAGGUCUACAAUGCGGUGAUUCGGUGGGUCAAUCACGACAAACCCAGUCGACUAGUAAACCUGCUCGACACUCUGGCCCUUGUGCGCUGUUAUGCAUUACCGCCAGCCUUUAUUCGCAGUCAAAUAAAAAAUUGCAGCCUGCUGGCUGACGUGCCUGAGUCGAAGCAGUACAUGGAAAGAGUGCUGAAGGACCUGCUGGAGCACAAGAAUAUACCCACCAAGUGGAGAGCCGAUGCUCAUGCCCAGGUAGGUUACCUCCUGAUAGCCGAUCUCUGUGUGUUUGUUAUGUUUGAUGACAUACACACACACUUAAUGCCUUCCUUACGUAUGCUAGUUUAUCACUGCAAAGCUGAUGUGCGUUGCCUACUAGGUUUGCGGAAUAACCUUAAGCGAUGAGAAUAAAGGGUUUUGUUUGAAAUACUCCGCUGUGACCGCACACAAACGGUCAUUUUCAGGUAAAAAAACAGCUUGGCCACAACGGAGCACGAUUGUGCUCGCAGACAAUGUCCCACACCUAUGCCGUAAAAUAAGCGUGUCUGUUAUCAGCAUUUAUUUUUUCGCCCAGAGCCCGCCUUUGGGUGUUCGGCAGCAGUGACGUCGCAUGACCUACUUUUAGGACACUUCCGGAUACACUGUCUGUACAGGUGUAAAACAGUCCAGUCGCAAUACCUCGAAUGUGUUUGUUGAUCUGUACACUUCUGAGCCUACGUAUCUCGAGUCGUCGAUGGGACACGCAGCGACUAAUACAAUUUUCGUUGUCUGGUGUGUAAAAGUGAGUCUUCUGCAAGCGUAAGGGCACUUUACCGGUUCUCCGCUGACCUUCUUCCUGCGCAGCCCUUGUGCUAAUUAUCAUGUGUAUUGGUUGACUCGCAUCCCACUGAUAACAUUUGGCGAUACACUAUCUAGCUCUAUCACUCGUCAGAUUUACUCACAGUGAACGAAGCCGGGCACUGUAGCGAAGUUAUGAGUCAUUGAUUAUCUAUUGUAUAACUCUGGUUGCCGCAUCCGCGCUCAGCUUGGCAUUCGUCUGGAUUGUCCUGCUCUCUUAUCAUGCGGACAAUAAAAUAACUGAAAGUGUUGGUAAGGAGAGAGUCUUUCAGCAUGGCCGGCUACGGUAAGUUCUGCACGUCGUCUUAUCUGCCUCUAUCUACAUUGAUCUGGAGAUGGUCGAGCUCCAGUUUUCUGGUACUACCUACUCUCCCCGCGCCUAUUCAGUCAUCUACAUUCACGACUUCAGAUUUCCGACUCAGGUUUUAUAAAUUUCAGCGAAGGCAGCGCCAUCCCCGGUCUCCCUCAUGUUGUAUGUUUUCAUUAUUACAUCGAUAAGUUCUUCUGGAAGGACACGGGGUCACACGGAAUCUUGGAGGUCAAAGGAUGGCCAGACCUUGCUGCCAAGGUAGUUUGCCAAAUUGUGUACAGUCGAUGCAGGGGGUUAGACCACUAAGUUUACGUAGAAGCUUGCCAUAUGGAGGUUACCUCAGCGAAGAAUUGUUCUGACGAUCUUUUCUAGCCCGCCUCCAUUACGUCUGGUUAGUGUGCCUAUAGCAGCCAGCACACGUGAGGCAUGUCUGGACAGCGACUUUGUGUCACGUCCGAUGCUGCGUCCGAUCUCACCUCCGGUCGAUUUGACACGGGAAUGUCGCUGAUAUAUUAGUGAGGGGGAGGAGGAGGAGUGAAAAGGAAACCUACCCAACACAUACUAUCCUCGCUAUAGACAAACCUCAUGCGUCUUAACUUCACUAUGUGUCGGAAUUCGUGACUUAGAGAACUGCUACAUACAGCAGUGCAAUCCAGUCCUGCAUCUAACUGAAGGUCAGUCUGUACCGGCUCCUUCCUACCGUGGUCUUCGCGACAUUCCCACACCUGUGUGAGUUCUCAUACCCUCUCAUUGGAUACCGACCCGUAUUGAGUUGGGAACCAGCACGUGUGUGACACGCGUACAUGUAGUUUUGACCGCCCCUGGCCACCUCUUUCACGCCCAUCCCCACUCGCCUGUAGUGUGUGGUGCCGUUAGAACAUGAUGGUUGUCAUUUAGAUGCUACGAAAGCCUCCUCCAUUCUAAACUGGUUCACACUGCUCCCCAGGCAGUGGUGGUUCUCCAGCUAUGCAACGAAUGAACUUGCAGUAAUUAACUUUGCUGCCAGUUCACGUAGUUGGUGGGGAGAAGUCGUCAGUGCACAAUUUAUUCCAUCUGUCUCACCAAGCUACGCUACCAUUCUCGAGCCCGCCUCAACAUUGUAGCUUCAGUUGGUAAAUGUGAAGGUCCUCCCAGCCGUUGUGUUGACUGUAGGUUUCAGUAAAAUUCUCACGUCCGACAAGCCUGCGGUUAGGUUGGGCUGACUGUCGACGGUUAAGUCGGAAAUGACCAUCCCGGUCUCCCUUGCCCUUGUCGGUUCUCCGCCAACUGAAAUCAAAAUCAUUUUCUGUAAACUUUUUUCGUCCAGGGCUGCAAAACAAAGUUUGAUUUCCGUCGCCGAAUGCGCAGCCAACGGUGAUAGUACGUCCGAAAGUACCUAUUUCAGUCGCUCGAUGUUUGUCAGUACAAGCCGUUCGAUUAUAUUGCAAAUUUGAAGGUAUUUUAAUCCAGAGUAACUUACUGGCCAAAAGCACAGGCACACGAUAGGAGCGCUUUCGGUGGUAUCGUUAUGUGGCUGUAGGUUUAGUGAGUCCGUACGUUUACUUUUUAGUAUUGGCUUCAUUUCAAAUUCUAACUUUAGAAAUUAACCGGAAAUAACUGAGCGCAACUGGAACAGGGUAUUCGGAACACGAAUGCGCGUGUUCAUCCAAGUUCCUUGGCAAGCAUUAGUGUUGGCUUCGCCGAAAUUACCGCUUAGUGCUCAUAACUGACACUCCGUAAGUAACUUAUAUAAGUACCUCGUCCAAGACGAAUUUGAUCAAACAGUAAUUUCUAGAAUUAUUCUGCAGAAUACGAAAAAGGAAGCUUGACCACUGAGGUAAAUUGAGUUUUAGUCGAGGCUUCUAAACUGCAGAAGUCCAUAAACAAAAUAAACAGCAAUUAGAAGAUAUUUUCAGUCUCUUUUAAUAAUCAGGGCUCGGUGUAGACUCCGGAAACGUACUCUUAGGACCCUAUGCACCGAUGGGAGAUCUGUGUGGAGUUUAGCGGAUUUUGUUUAAGACCAUAGAACCCUCUUUACCUUCUGGGCAGCUCGGCUGACCCGCGUGCCUGCGUAGCUGAACUCUUGGCGCUCAUUAAGGCUGUGGUCGGUCACUGGAAACAUCCGAUCUCUUCUCCCCACCGCCAGUUCGUUUGAUUAGUUGUGAUUCCGCUCUUCGUCCAGUUUGACCCGUGCAAUUUCAAGGGUGAUUGAGACAUAGAAUCUGGUAAACGAGAUUUGAUUAUUUAGCAGUUUAUCUGGCAUUUUUCACCCACGAUUUAGCUGUAAAUGUUGUUCAUGUGGUAUUAUCUUCCUUGUCUCGGACGAUGGACUCUUGCGAGAACCUAAAGGCUCAAACCAGUAUACUCUUCGCCUACAUAGUCGAAGUCGUUCUUCGUCUUAUCUAAACCAAGACUUCUUCGGGAAUUGAUUAAUUACUCUUACUCUUUUCUAGGCCUGGAAUAAACACCGACAAAGACAGGGGAGACUUGAAUGGCCAUUUCUGGCUUAUUAGUCGACAUUCAUCAACCUUGCCCAACCCCAGCUCUUACGGAACCGGAGUUUUGAACCCGCGUUCUUUUGUCAUCAUGCGUUAUUAAGUCUACCAAUUGAGCCACGAGCUGGCCGUGAGUUAAUUUGGGAUAUUCGAUGUCAUAGGGUGGGUGUUUGCCGAUCAAGUUAGGGGACGUGCUCUGUUUACGCAUAUUGUCAACGCUAACUCCUUACCUGCUUCCGACGCCGCACAUGUAUUUUCGUUCUCUUUUCCUUGUCGGCUCCGUCAGAUGGUCUAUUCGGCCGGUGGCUACCUGCGGUACUCGCUAAGCACAUUUGAGGCCUACUGUCAUAGCACUGGUGCCUGGCACCGACUACCCGACUUGCCGAGUCCGCGCAGCGGUCUGGCAGCCUGCUCUGUGCGCGGCUGUGUCUACCUGGUCGGUGGCCGGAACAACAAUGAGCAGGGCAACGUGGACGCUCCGCACAUGGACUCCUACGACCCGGCCACUAAUUCCUGGCGCACUUGUGCCCCCAUGUCGGUGCCACGCAAUCGGGUGGCUGUGGGUGUCAUUGAUGAUAUGAUCUACGCCGUAGGAGGUUCGACCAGCACGACCCAUCACAAGACGGCCGAAAAGUAAGUGUUGGCCUGCCAUCUCCCGGGCCACUGACUUCCUCCCCCUCCUCUCUUUCUUUGGCUUUUACUUUUGGCCAAGAUUACCCCCUACGUGCGUGAGAAACCUCUGUCGAUACCAACUCUAAUAUCUCCAUUUAGCGCCCUAAUACCUGUAUAAUUAUUUUAAUUACACUGAGGUAGUUAUUCAAAUCCACCACAAUAGAAAACCUAAAUACUGGCAUUAAGAUUUUUUAUAUGUCCUCAGUAAGGUCAGCGCCUUGUUGACCCUUCAGGUGUGGCGUUUAACACACCAAUUCUUCUUUAAACUCUCUCAAUUUGGAUCUGAGACAUCUUCCACACUUUUGAGGGCUUGGUGAUGUGGUGAGUAGUUCGAGUUGUCAACGCCCAGUGGUUAAAGGUGCCCAAUAGAAACAGAAACCGGACUGGAUCAGGGGAACGAUCGGAUGCUUGCUUCUAUUCGAAAGAUUCGGCUUUGAAUUGGCUGAAUCCAGUGAGCUGGAACCUUUUUGUUUUAGAGAAUAGGUUUUAACACGAGAUUCUGGACCUCCUUGUUACGGUUGGCCUUGUCCUAGGUUCCAAAGGAAAUUAGGAUCAAGAGGGUUAGGAUUAGGGUUAGGUUCAUGAGUGUUAGUAUUAAGUCUGGUGUUGGUGUUAAAGUUAGGACACGGGGUCGGGAACAGUAAGGAAUUUAUUGCGGGAUCACCUACCGUACUGGCGGGGGGGGGGAGGGUCCAUGUUCCUGUGCCCGACCGGAGAAUGUACCGUCACACGCCGCUAGUCAGAAUAUUCGAUCGUUGACCAUUCGUCUCCUCAAGUCUCUAAAUCAGCUGUUUUCUUCUCUGUAAUCAUCCACAGGUGUAAGCUUUCAUCACGCCUUGUACUUGGACGCGGAAUUAAUCCUUUUGGAUGAUAUGACCCGACCGUGGACCCUGAUACCGCCCAUUCCACUGUGGUUUGUUGCAAUUGCAACUUAGUUACGGCCUUAUCUGCUACCUUGCGCGGUUUUAUUCACCCUUGCUUCUGCCUCAGUAUGUGCUAGCUGGAUUAUUGAGUGACGCCCAUAAUGAAUCUGCCGAACAUUUUACAUCCCAUGCUUGUCCUCGAUAAGUCUGACGGGCGUUGCAAAGUAGUGGCCAGAUAAAAAGUGAGCAUGAAGCCUUCACUGUCUAGAUUUUCCCGGGUUCAUAGAGAGUGAAGCCGGGUCCUCAUUUUCAUCAGAACUUCAGACUUUCCAUCUACUUAUGGGGACAUUUUCCCGUCGGCAGUUUAUUUCUCUUUACUUCUUCAAUCUUCCCUAUCCUCUCUUUUUUGCCAACUUACCUCUCCUGGCCUUUCUUCCAUCCCUCACGCCUUUUUGUUUAUUUUUGUCGUUUCCUUUUUCAUCCUGAACCCUUUCCCCUUAAUCCAGGUACGACGUUGACCUCGAUUUGUGGACUCCGAUUGCCCCUAUGCACUAUCCGCGAGUCGGUCUCGGAGUUGCCGUUGUCAAUAGGUGAGUAUCCGAUCAUUGUUUCCAUUCUUUUUCAUUCGCACAUCGGUUUUUUUCACAAAUCCAUCACAAGACCGGCAUCUCCCAGGGCCUGGCAGAAAUAUUGGCCGAUAUUUAAGUAGGAGAAAUUCAGGUUUUCGAACGGUCAAGAAAUCAACUUACGUAGUGCCCUAAUUCAGUGGCCUUGCUGGAAGAUGUCCUGUGACUGAAAGGCAGACGUUGUACCUACUUUUCAGCUCUGACUGACCGCAUUUGUGAAACAAGUGAACUUGUGGCUGUUGUCUCCCUUAGGUGAUUUCCCGAUUCUUGAAAAAAAAAACAAUUCCUGUUGCUUGAUGUUGAUCUGACAGUCAUGACGGUGGUGCAAGCAUCCUACUCUGAAUAGCCUCUAGGGUCUGAAAAGCCCUAACUAUGUGUCAUAAGCGCAGAUCUCAAAUCGUUUUGGUCUCGUCAAUCUUGUCGUCGGGAGUCAUUUAAUAAACACCUUGUCUCCCGAUUUCAAAAACAUUCUCUAAAUUGAACUGACUUAUUCGAAUCGGGAUUUCAGAGUGGAGCAUAACAGUCCCCACUACACAAUACCAAACUAUUUGUUUGGGUAGAGCUAGACUGUUCCACAUUGCCUGACAGCAGCUCUGGAUGGACAGGAUCUAGCUCCUAAUUCUCACACCCAGAACACUUUCGUGUUUCCCUUUGUCUGCCUUAGCAUACACAAGUGCAUAUGUUCAAGUUCAGCAUCCCCAUAUUUCCGAUCCCAUGUUCUAGUUUAAUUUGGGAGUAUCUGGCGAUGAAGUGUGGAAUCAGAAGCAGAUCCUUCAGACUGUGAAGGACAGCUGUCUAUGCGGAGUGGGGUUCGUUUACGGGAUGGCACCAAAAAGUGAUUAUGGUAGGUUUAUAUGUCUAAAAUUCUUGGUCAGUCUUGCAGAAGCCUGCAGCGACUGAUGGUCGUUGGAAUAAAGAGAGGAAAAUGAGGAUGCUUUCCUCUCUAGACCAACUGCUGUGGAUUUAAGCCGUCAUGGUCUCCGCAUGAUUCGUGUUUUAGUGGUUUUCAACCCGUGAGGACAAGGUGUACCCUUUCUCUAACGUAUCAUAUGACGUUUGGUCGAAUUGAGCUUAAGAAGGGUCGUUUGGGGCAGGCUUUGUCAGUUGCGACGUUCCAUUUCCGCCGGAAGAUGGGGAACCUGUUCAGGAGAGAGCGAGAACGUGAAGAAUCCCGUGUACGUCUUUCGAAGUCCGAGUCAUCAUUCUUGCUCAAAUAGUGGCAACCCUCGUCCCCUGCGAAGGACGAACUACCGGAGAGCUUGGAGCUCGCUGUCCUGGUUUUGAAUCAAUGCCUGUAACCCCAGUGCUCUUUUCAGAAAUGAACAUCGUGGACAAUAUUGUUUUGAUGGGCGUUUGUGCGUGUGUGCGGGGUACCGCUUGUUGAUUUACUAGUCCAAUCGCCUCAAGUACGAUGUUCCUAGUAAUCGGCGAGCCCAGUAACUGGGGAGGGCAUGUGUUUUUUGUUAAUUUUGGAGGCCCCCAAUUUCAUGCAGCAUGUUUUUUCCCACCUACCCACAAGAUUGCUGUACGCCGUUGGCGGUUUUGAUGGAGAUCGUCGUCUGGCCAGUGUAGAACGCUACGAUCCCGAAACGGACGUUUGGGUGGAGGUUGCCAGUCUUAAUCGGCCCAGGUCAGGCGCCGGUGAGUCUCAUCUUCCCUCUCGCCGUAUUGUUAUUGCAAUUUCUACUGUUCUUUGUUCUCGGUGCAUAGCGGGCGUUCGCGAUCUUGUCCACCACCUCCUCCUCCAUCAAGUGACGAUUAGAGGCGUUUUAGCACGUCCCCCUCGUCCUGCAUUUUGGCCCUUCAUUAUACACAAUAAAUGUCUGCUUUGUGGACAUGUGUCUCCAAAACUCCUACGAUGCGCGUUUUAUGUUUUGUUCCGCCGUAUCAGGCGUACACACACAGACACCUAAACAAUCAGCCUACACAGACGCUGCGUAUCAUCGCUCGUCGCGCACCAAGGUAAUUACCGUCGCUCUGUCGCCCUCGCUGGACGUACUCUGAGGGGAAUGCAAUCAAAACUGUGAUAGGCCGCCACUACAGCUGUUCCGUGUUCUGACUCGCGUCAGGCACCUCAUCAAGGCCGGCGCUGUGGCGAUGACGAUGCUGCUACUAUAAAUGAUGACGCUGACGCGUCAUUGUCUCUCGACGAGCGUCCCCCUCCACCCCCAUGCGCGAGCCUCUCUAUUCGUCGCCACAUGCUCGCGCAUAUAGCCUGCUGGCGCAGACGCCAGUAAGCGUCUUGACGUGCCGGCUGCUGGCGCGGAGCACUGUGUGAUGCUGUCCGCGGCGGCCUAUCAAACCGUCUAGCGCCUACGGCGGCUCUCACAAUCCCUUUGUGAUAUCGAAACUGCACCAGUCGAUGCAAAGGUGGAUGACCAGUUCACAAGUCGCCUUUCUCACUAGUUUAGCUUUCUAAGUUUCCCUAUCCUUCCUGGGCAAUCGGGCCGAGGAAAUACUGAUCGGGUAUAGCGUUUGAGAAGGGAGGCUGGGUGCUGACGAAAAGCCAUUCUCCAUGGCUCGAUCUGCACCAAAAGCUCACUUGACUUUCUUAGUCAAGAGAUAAAGUUGCCUGUUAUGCAGGUCAUGGAGACGCAUCGGAACAAUCGGUAAUUGAGAAGUGUUAUCUGUGAAGACGAUGGAGACUGGAAUAUAACCACAUCUGGCUUAUUCACCCUCUUCAGUCAGUUGUGCACCAACCGGAGGCAAGGAAGACCGAGGAUUUAACGUCAAGGUUAGUUGGUAAUUGUUCUAAGCCAUCUACCAGUUGCACGGGGGUGCUCGCGUUUAGUCGGUCGCUUCGCGCAAGCCGGCAUUAUCUACACCACUGACGUUUCACUAGUGUACCUCAACCAUUCUUAAUGCUCUCUAUCCAAAAAAAACUCAUAUAGGAGCUCCAGUGUGCAUUUUUGUACACUUGACCAACAGCUCGAAUGAAUUACAAAUAGAGAACUCUGCGUAGGACGUGUCUCCCUUUGCGUCCUGUGCACGCCAUCGCUACCGGCGCUAAAUGGGCUCUAAGGUAUAGUCUGUGCGUCGUUGUUGCGGGCUGGAAUAUCCGCCAUGCCAGUCAGCACAGUGCGCGAGCGCUCACAUCAAUAGUUUUUUUGGCCAAAAUGUUUUUCUCCUGUGAUCUCUCCCCACGCGUGUGUGUGGGUCGGGGUGGGUGUGUGUGUGUGCGUAGUCGCGACCUUUUCUCGUCCACAACAGUUCCUCCUUCGCCGUCUACGCCCACUAUCUAUCCGGAAGUUGCCACACUCACUACUGCGGCGGAUAGCAGCGCUGGUGGUGGUGGCUGUGGUGUAUGUGUCGGUGUCUGGGCGCGCGCCGCGCAGGCGCGUCUGUCGGUGCCAUUGUGGCGGCGCAGAGGUUGCUGCGAUUGUCCUCCGCUGUCUGGACGCCGCCCGCACGCGCGCGCUCGCUCGCUCGCGCGACUGGUACGGCCACCGUCUGCUGCAUACAACGCCCCACUCCCGCCGGUGCCUUGUGGGUCACCGCGACCGCCAGGACCGAAUAUUGUGUGUGCGCGCGCGCGCUGGGUGGGCGUGAUUCCGGAAUGCCGGUGGGUUGGCCAGCGCGCUGCUGUCACUGGUGUCGGAGACGGCGAACGUGCGUACGCAUCCGCAACAGCAUCUCGCUUGCCUCUCAGUCUUUUUGAAAUUAGAUGCCAGCAUUCUCUCAAGCUGCUAGGGCAGUAUUAGGGGAUUUGCGACAGGACUUGUAAGAUACAAGCCUACACAAACAGGCUGCGGCGCAGUACGUGUGAACAUCUCUACGGGUAAAGCUCGAGGACUUGUAAUCUUGAUCAUAUUUUGACACUUGGAGGGAGGAGGGGGAGAAAGACAGACGUCGUGUAAACCAGUUCGACCACCCGAUGGCUCUGUCCGCCCUCAGAUUUGAUGGUCUCUAUUAGAACCGUAACAAGACUUCCCUUUUCCCCUUCCACGACGCCUUCCGGACCCGCUCGUCCCGUAUGGGCUCCUUUGUGUCCGCCUCCACUCGACCGACAUUAUUUCUCCGACCAGUCCUUCCACUACAGCCCGCAACACCCCAACCUCAAGAUUUACAUAACUCAAGUUCACAGAACUACACACAGCGUCGGUUAUACAAUGCCGGUUCGUCUGCUCGGGCCACAUCUUUUGCGUUAACUGAGGGAACAUCGGAAUGGAGCUUUCGAUCAAGCAGUUCCUAAAUUCGAUGCAACGCACGCUGCACGUAACUGCAACUUAUGACAGUUAAGCAGUCGUUGGCUAUAUCGCAGUUGGUAGCCUGGCCCUGUAUCGCAGGUGGUUGGGGGGGGGGGUUGCUUAUUGGGGCUAUUUUGUGGGGCUCCAUAACCACACCUGACCCAUUUGGUUCCCGUUUUACGUUUGACGUUAGGAUUAUGAUACCGGUUAAUGGUUUCGGAGUUUCGGGUUAGAUUUAUGCCUUUAGGCUUAUGUUUUCGGGUUACGGUUCGAGUUUGAGCGUACGAAUAGGUUUCAGUAUUACUGUUAGGUUUUUCAGUAACGGGGCUGCCUAAGGACUGCGGUUACGUUUACGAUUUCGAUGAGGGUAAGUGUCAGGGUUGCCGUUAGGGUUAGCGGUUAAGGUUUAAAGUUGAGGUUAGGGUUAGGGUCAAAGUCGCCGCCCGCUUCUCCAUUCCUGGCUACCAACUGCGACCUAGCCCAGUCGUUUCUGACGGUGCCCACCGUUUGGUCCACAGUAUGGUGGGAGCAGGGGUGGCGACUUGCGCGCGAGUUAGUUUAUAGUGAUAGUAGACUUUCGACGCAUCUACCGCUCUCUGUCCCCCCUCGCUCAUCUGAGCCCGGUAUCGGAGCAAAAUCAAAAAGACAGGAGGCGGGAGAGGACUCAGGGGGCUGGCACGGCGAAAACCCGCACCACUACACCCCCUGGUACACAACGUACCAGGAUUUUAUGCAACAGGAAAAAAGAGGGCAGCUCGGAUCCCAGCCGCCAUGGCGUAGACCGGCACCUGGGCGUGCCGCCGCCACACCCCCAAGGUUGGCAUUGGUUAUAGGUACACAUUUCGAAUAACGCUGGUCGGACCCCGAUCCAGCCCCCGUGUUGGUCCGGCACAUUUACCACGUGGUCCGUUUUGGGUGCAAACCACAACUCAUGGCCCUUCACUGUCUACUACGCCCCGACUCUUGUGGUAUCGCACCUUCCCGACGUCCACCCAAGCUCCAAUCGCUUACUGUGAUGGUUUUCCGCCCAACAGCAGCGUAAACACUCGAACCAUGCAGUUAGAAGCAGGACUCGGCUCCUCGGUAAACUGAAUACGUCGUAAUAUCGACCACUGGAGUGACACUCUUUGCACCCAGACGUAAUCAUAUGAAGCUAGCCAUCGGCAAUUACGGCGACUUAAUUGUCGUGGGCUUGUGUCUGAUCCUUUCCCUUUUAUGUUGCGCCAAACUCAGAAUGAAGUCUGUUUUAUUAUUUAGACGAGCCUGUGCCCUCGCUCAUCUCUAGUGCCCCGACUGCGUUUUACCACUGGAACCAACUGAGAAUGGAUUGCGGAGAGUAGGAGCCAUGUCGCACAGUACCUUCCCUCUAAUCCAAUGUACACACAAAUGCACAUUUCCGAAACAGUAUUUACUCGCCUCAAAAGCAGUAGAGUGCCUACCGUUGUGUGUGAUCCUCCGACAACUGGCGUCGCGCUUGCGUAAGUGCGUGCGCUGUUAGUGUGCUCUUUUAGCUGAUAAAUUACGUCCUCGAAGUAGCGCAGUGUCAAACUAACUCUGUUGCUCCAGCAGCCUUUUGAGGUCGGGGUACUGCUGCGCCGUCGGUGUCGUCGCUGUGACCUUGGGUCAUAGCAAUCUGCGUUCGCAUUUCCGCGCGCAAGUUCGUCUUAAGCGUUGAGCCCCACAACAAAGUUCUGACAAGGCUCCCCCCCCCCCCAGGGGAGAGGGCAAACUGUAAACAACGCCGAGAAACUAGUUCGACGCGGGCAUUGUUGUGGGGGAGGGGGGGUGGAAUUGACAAAACUCUAGUCGUGUCUGUGCUAUGAUCAAUUGCAGGCGAAAUCCAUUUGACGGAUUUCAAUUAUUUUCCCGCAGGUAGCACCAAAUUAGGUACUUAAUCUGCCUCUUCCCUCUGCUCUCUCAGAACUGUUCUAGACGGUCCAGUUUACGGUCAUAGCACCCUAGUUUUCCAGGAACCUGGCCAAAUCGUGUAAUGUCAGAACGCGGUCGCUUGGGACAGUAUGAUGGAGCAAUGGUUUUCUGAAUUUUAGCCGGACGGUGGCGAAUAAAACCCUUUUGGGUAGCGGCCAACACUCACCAUAUCUUGAACCUCUUUUAAACGACAUGUAAGCCACUGUCCAGAUCGGUGUCCGGCCUCAAGGUAUUAUCGUUGCAAGGUUCGCGACUGCCGGCUCCGCGGGUCCCCUCCGAGGAUCAUGCAACCAUUCGCUACCUGCGGAUUCGUUGGGCUGAACACAACUAGGCAAGAGGGAACCCCUCGUCCCGGCUCACAAUUCAGCGUAACUAUUACCAACAUUAACUUCAUCUGCUAUCCUUCUGGAGCACCAUAAUGUCUCUGUUAAACGACUCAUGUCGUAAGUGUACAUUAGUAGGAAGCGAUGGCUCUAUUAAGAAAUUUCCUGGGUAACCGAGACCUUAAUCCGAGUCUGCAAAUAGUCCCCAACUUGUUUACUACUGGAGAGAGACAACAUAUUCUGUUGUUCAGUGGGGAUUUAAAACACCAUGAAAUUACUGCAUGAUUAACCGAAUUCCGUAUUGUAGUCUGCCCAAAAGCCCUAACAUUAAAAUAAGGGAGGGGGGUAGUAAAUGCAGGCUACUACUAUAAUUAUAUUUUUAGUCAUGCUACUAACUAUUGCCGAAUAAUCCCCGCUCGACACUGCCCGGAUUCUCGAGAAAUCCUCUAAAGCGGCUAUUAGGGAUGGCUACCCUGGAACAUUCACAAUUUAUUUCUUUCGAUCAGAGGACGACAGUCAACUGUAUCCGCCAAGUAUGAGGCUAAGUGAUUAUAGGGUCAGGAGAUGAACGGAAAUGAUCACAGCUUUCCAUUUUGUCAUCCUAACGCUUCACCCUCGGUUUCAAGAGCAAAUGUUGCUACCAUCCUAUCCGCCACUGUGUUCUUUAUAAUUUACGUGUAGAGAUGGGAGGGGGGGUGCGGAAAAAGCAGCUUUCUUCUCCCUGUUUUUCUUUUGCCUCUGGCGGUAUUUAGUAGUGCUCCAUGUUCCCUCUCCUGUAGGGACUUUCAGUCGUACCAGGUCGGCAGUUGGGAUCUUAACUACAUUCGUGAUUAACUGCCAUGACGCAUCGAACUAUGAGACGAGCCGAUUCGACCGUUACGUCUUCCGUCAUUGGCCUGCUUUGGUAGCCCUAGUACGAUCAAUAACUGCACCACCCUUAUACGCGGCAAAGUGUCAACUUCUAAAGUGUGCUCUCACAUUGAUCACCAGCUGCCAUACUUUGGGCACUUUGACCACAAUAUACUCCAAAAAAUUAUCAGCGCGGCUCGAGAUGCUGACAGACGGACUCGCUUGCGAAUGACACCAGUAUUUCCGACAAAAUUAAAAGCACUUGCUUUGCUGAAUGCUUUUUUCGGCCUAUAACCAUUAUUCCAUGCAGCUAUCGGUUGCAAAUCCUCCGCCAAUAAAGUUAUGCGAGUUUAGAUUCCUCGAUCCUUCCGUUCACCCCACGUUUUCUACGUGGGCUGAAAGCUAUGCUUGCCUGGAGACUCACGACGCAUCUUCAGCAGAACGAAAACUAAAUUUUUGAGCUCUCCCUUAAUAUCGCGAUGCAAAUUUAACACUUACAAUAUCUGUAGACUAGUCAGUCGAGUUCUAAGGCAACUACGUUACUGAAACACUGUGAAAGAUGGGUUGUGAAAACUUCACUGGUUAGAUUCUCCUAGCCCAUUUCAAACUUUAGCGCCCUUUUGGGCAGUCAAAGUCGGCACCAGUACGGUAGAUGUGAGAAAGGAUGACAGUGUGUACUAAGGCUGUUCCGAAAUUUUUUUCAGCUGUGUGAUUCUUGAGGGUCUCCUAGCCGCAGCACGGUUAUCCUCCGUCCGGCACUUCAGAUUCCAAAUUCCAGCUUCCGUCCAGACCGACCGGGCGUAAGGUAUUUUUUUGGCCGACAGACACCAGACUGUGUUGCGACCAGCGCUCUCGUUCGCACAUUUCAGGUAGGCGGGAAGACGGCGCUCGCGUGUUGACGUUUGUACGAUCCUCCUCGGCGCGAUCGGCUACGCGAGCGCGCGCGGGCGCGGGCGCGGUCGACGCGCGCAGACCGGCUGGUGGCAGACACAAGCGGUCGGGCUGCAGCGCCGCCGUCGCCAGACGUGCGUGUGUGUGUGUAAACACCAGUGCACUCCAGCCAGACAGUUAUCCCCGUGUGCAUGUCUGUCCGGCCAUGCUAGAGUCGAUCCGCUUCCUGCUACUCUCUGACAAGAAUGUGGCGGUGAAGGAUAUCACACCAAGUUUUCGUCCCUGCUAAUGACAGAAGCCCGAGAGCUGUGAGAGUUAGUUCGUUCUGUACACAGGGCAGGUUGCCGUGGGCGGGCAAUUGUGGGUCAGGACAGGGCGCUCGUUCGGGAGUACGUGAGUAACAGUGUGUGUCUGCGCGAAUCUGACAUGUCCGCGUGCUCAUGGGAAAUGGCUUGGACAUGGACUGAGUCGGUGGUUCCAUGAUCACGGGACCCCAGGAGUCAAGCUACGCCGGCCGGUGGAGUCUGCUCAUGGGCACAGCCGUGACUGGGCACCACGGAUCAAGCCUGAGAAGUGGUUGUGUGUUACCGGUAUGUCUGCAGGUUAGCACGGUUGUCGCGGCCGGCAACUGACAGUCAGACGCGGGAAAAUGGGGCACCGGAACAGUCCCGAGCAGGCAGGACUGGGCACUGAACUGUAUGCAUUCACAUGCAUUGCCUAUCUCGGCCACUCUCAUAGCGCUUUAUCCAGGCCCCCCUACCUGCAUGUGACCGCAGUUCUUAUGGGACCCUCUUUUUGGAAGUUCUAGUGGUCACGAGCAAGCGAUUUUUUUCAUCACGCUUGCCCCACGAUAAUGACUGGAAGUAUUCACAACAUCGUCGCUACUUUCCUACCUUCGCGAGUAUCUAACCCGACAAGGGGCUGCAGUUACGAGAUCCGCUAUCCGAGAACGUGAUCGGAGGCAACACUGUCCAAGCUCUCAGCCGGUCUCGUGAGCGCAGUUCCUGGAAGAACAUGACUCGGCUGGAAAAGUAUCGCAUACUCACAACCCCACAGUACCUGAACUUUGAGAGUGAGUAUGGGCUCACCAGUGGUCUUUAUCACUCGCGAGGAUCACCAACUUCAAAUUUUGCAGUCAUAUUUGUGAGAAUAGCGCCCUUCUCUCUGUAGCAAGGCAGAAAAGGCUUUCGGGCUGUUUUUGCGAGCCGAUGUGAACCACAUAAAGGUGUGCGUGCGCGGACCUUAAGAGGGCACCCCAAUUUCGUUUUAUUGCUAAACAGCGCUUCAGUGUGGCGUUUUGACCCAGACUCAGGUCGCUAGACCACCUGUCUCAGUAGUGAGGUGGCGUACCAACAGCGGGACUCCUAGAGGAGGUGCUUCGUUCUGUCACUAGCAUGCACAUCGAGGGGUUUUGUUUUCGAAGUGGGUAAUGGAGGAAAAACAUUCAGCAGGUAUGGCUGAAUUAUGGUCUGUGCUGUGGGCUGUCAAUUUCGAAUCGUCUUUGCAGCAACCAGAGAAGACACGAAAGCGAUUUAUGGUUUGCUAGCCGAGUUUCCUCAAUUUUAUCAGCAGCGAGCUCCGACAUCUCUUCUCGCUUCCAAGUAGUCAGUUUUUAAGGUUGAGGUUGAAUGUAGACGGGCUUGAUUGAUGUCGCUCAACAUAAAACGAUUGAUUUUGCAGAUAACUAUUAAGUACAUUCUCAGUAAGCAACUGUUAGUGCACCGGUAUAUGUUCCAUUUACUGCAAAUGCCGCAAAACUUUGUAGUCAAAAUCUGUCGAUCUUUUUGUGACGGCUCGUGUCAUGUGGGGUAAAGCGUUCCAGAGGAGAUGCGAAACCUCUCGUUGAAGCCUGAUGCACGCGAAUUUACGGAUUAGGACGAGUGUGACACGUUAAUUCGUGACACCAACUCCCACAGUUACUGCGCAGAGACCCAUCUCCAGUCGCCUCGAUCCCAUAUUUCCACUAAAAAGUACGAAACUUGAUAGCGAGGCUGAUUCUUUGCAAGUCCACAUCAAGCUAGUGCACAUGCAAUCCAUCACUGUCUCCCUAACUCGCGACAGUGUUAUUCCUCAUCGAGUAGGGGUAACGGAUCCAUACGUACAGCAGAAUCGCAGUCUCUGUUUAUCGGUGUCGGCUGAUUACCGUCCUCCCUAACUUUGCUGAACCACAGUUUCUUUUGCAUCAUCAUCAUAAACCUAAUCGGUAAUCCUAUUUUGAGGGUUUAGCCCAAAAAAUUUCUGCCCAACUCUUGGACUUAACACCCAUGGAGUUUUUUCAUACGUUGUCAAAUGCCUUAACUAAUAGAUCAUGUACAAUUACUUGAGAUUCUCCUUCGCUGGCACAAGAUUUAUCAUUAAAAAGAACUCAGUCAGACUAUUUUUGCCACAAUGAAUUAUAGUUGUCGUCUUGUUUGAAAAAAGAGUACAAUCUUAAAACCUACUGUUAUGUCGAACUAAACACUCGAACUAAGGUAGAGGCAGGAACUGCUUUUUGAUGAUAAUGAUUAUGCAGAACGCGAAUGAGGCGGUAUUUACUUCGCCACUUUAAAACAAAGUCAAAAGUCUAGCUAUGUGCGAGCAUUGUCGUUGGCUUUCUUUAUCAGACCCCGAGUAGUCCUUUAGCCUGCCGCGAAGGCUAAUCAGACUUCAGAUAUUUCCCAAACGCCUAUUUUGCUUUGGCCACGGACGUAUCCCUUUCCCCCAUAGAAGACCGGGACUAGAUCGCCUUCAAUUGUUGUCGUAUUUCACCUCAGACUUCCUGUCUGUUGCCUGAAGGCGUAUUUUUGAUACUUCCGGUUCAUUAGACGUGUUUCAUUCGGUUUCCCCGCCAUUUGCCAUAGUGUGCCUAGCCCUUGCUCAGUCGCCGAGGUGUGAGCGGUUCUGUUUACUUUUGGCGCAGUUACAUUAAUUUGUCUCCGUACUUCCUGUCUGGCUCGUCUCUGAGGUCAAGUGGAGGGAGCUGGCAGCUAAGCAUGACACUUUUGUCUGAAAGGCGAGGCUGGGUCGCCAGCCGCGCAUCCUCAACACAAAGUUAGACUGCCUAACUUGAGUAUAGUUCCUCUGUUUCAAAUAAUAUUUAAUCGUUCUGAGACACACUGCUAAUUUGAGAGAUGGUUUGCAUUUUGUACCUCAGGUGUGGUAGGACUUGGACAUCACAUUUACGCUGUCGGCGGCUACGAUUCUUUCAGUCAAUUACGCAGCGUGGAACGCUAUGACUCGGAGUGCAAUGUAUGGGAGUACAUGGCCCACAUGAUUCAUCCCCGGUCUGCACUCAGUGCUUCAGUUCUCAAUGGAAAAAUCUGGGUUUUCGGUGAGCGCAUUUUUGGCAGUCUCUUAGUCCUGCCUUAAGUCACUGUGUUAUUUAAUGAAAAUUCGUUUAUUUGCAAGUUCUCCUACUGAACUAGGUGACUGUCUUGUAUGUGCUAAAUCGCUGCAGUAGUGCCGAACUUGCCAUUCCGAAGUUUCACAGAGCCUUGCUGCGAUUUAUGCAUAUACGGUUCAGAUGAGUUCCCCUAAGGGCCGUUACUAGGUGGACUGCGGAUCGUUCUUUAAUUUCGGGCCUUCGAGUUAUUAGAUGGUAUUUUCAACCAUCUAAAUUCCAUCGCUGAUCGGGACACCCACGUGUCAAUUGUCAUCUGUCUCCCCUCCACCGGAUACAAGAACAUUACUUGCUUACUGUUUGCAUUGUGAUGGCUUCUGACAACAGAGUAGUACUGUUUGCAAAGAAAAGGAAGGGCUUUGUCAUGAGUGACGCAAAGUUACAUAGUUUCUGGCUCGACAAUGUUAGGGUGAAGGACCCUACUUAAUUUUCGGUAGACUGUGGAUCGUUUCAUAGGGUAAUGAUGGCAAUGGGGUUUUAAGGGUGGGAAAGCACGCCAGACAGUAAGCUGACAUAAUGCAAGAAAAUGUGGGGAUUAGAUUUCUGCCGAGAGUCUUAACGUGCGCUUCCGCAUGGCCACGAAAAUGAGCGCUGUAAUUAAAAACAAACAAGAAGCAAAUUUUCAAAGAAUUGCGGAGUUGAAGUGAUGGUGUGAGGUCAUGGAAGUGAUUUUUGUUGGCGGUGUACUGUGUGCAAAUGGAUGCCAAGGUAAAACCUCACAUGACACGAUCACCUAAAGUCUACCGACAGUUAAUUUGAAUCCUCCACCCCCACCACACCUCCUGGUUCUAAUUGGAGUCAGGUGCAAAGGACGGUGUCUAGUUAGCCCUAGAAGCCAUGUCAUGCCGUAUAAUCAAAAACCCCGAAUCCACUUAAGAAAAAGAUCUUUUUAAUUGCAGUCGGGGCGCAUUACGGCCCACGCCCUGCUUCGACAGGUCUUUUUUGGGGAAUGUUCAGAUAGCGGAUUGCGACAGAUCACACCUAACAUCGAAACUUUAAAAACCUCUCAGGACAUAUCGUAUGAGUACUCCUCCCCCCCCCCCUCCCCCCGAAAAUCCACAGGGCCCUUCAAACGAGAGUUGGGACAAUGUCCUAGACAAAUGCAUUUAUUUCACUAACAAAAUAUAUAUAUGUCAGUUUGUGCGGAAAAAGAACAUUCACACAGCUGGCCCGAUAUACCUCUCGAAGGAAAGGUCUGAUUUUUCGAAAGCUCAAGAUCCAUCCUGCACCCAUUCCCUUCUGCACAUAUUCGAGGCGAGGACUCCGUGUGACAGUCAGGUUGUCUAAGUGCCGUCAGCACUCCUCAUCCCAGCGUACUAACUGCCGACGUGAUUGAUGCAAUGCAGUGUGUAACCUAAUCCGAACUUACAGCACGGACUUUUAGGACGGGGUGUUGCAACUUAGCGUGGGAAUGGCGUUCGCCGAUCAGGCCUGUUUGCAGGACAGAGUACUGACUUUCCGCAUCGCCCUGGAGCUCCUGUCUGGCACCCUCACUGGCGGUCACACAACGAAGAGCAAUCAAUAAUUGGGGGGCGGGGAGGUUCCUGUUGCAAACAAAGCCAAGUGAAAGUAUGUCCAUCCCGAACUCAGUAACCACCUGUGCCCAGACCCAAUUUGCGAAUUCACUUGGCCGGCCAGAAAUCUCCAGCUUAGUCCUUUUCAUCUUUAUUGGUAAUGCCUGUUCAUGACUUUUUCAGUUUCGCCGAACUAUUCGCAUACAUUUUAGUUAAAAAUUCAGCACAGUAAUCGCCCAGUGCUCACUCCAAUCCAAUCUAACAGUCUGAAAAUAUCGUCAACUGCUAUCAGGGCACUCUUUGCCUAAUGUCUACACGCAUCUUAACCUAAAUGCAAUGCUUCGAAGACGGUAAGAUGUGGUUUGGUGGCCCCACCUGAUGUACACAACACUGUUGGGGUUGGGGUUAAGAGUUAGGGUUAGGGGUUAGCGCAACUAUUUUCCACCCAUUCAAAGUACAACCGUGCACGUCUAGUAGCUUUUCUUUUGCAUACAACUACUCGACCUCACCGCCGGUGCGUUCCCCAACCCCACCUGUAAAAACAGGUCCCGUAUUAGAGGUGACAGGGUUUUUUUUUACUUCAGGUGGGGCUAUCGAACCACAUUAGACCCCGAAGACUUUGACUUAAGUUAGUCCAAUUAUUUUAAAGGUUGUUGUAUCGCCAGACUUGAUAGCCACAAUACAGUGUAGGAAGUCAUAGCGAACACUUCAAUCCUGAUCAACCAAAGCUCUCGCAACCGUCGCUGCUGGGAUGGAGGAGGUUAGUUAAUACAAUCAGCGUUUAAAUAAAUCCGUUCCCGGUGAGCCCAUAUUCACAACCCAGUCGGUACGUAAUUGAUCCGUCACGUGACUUGACCAUCCUUCCUCUGGGACCAAGAAUGCGGGAGGAGUAAGACUGAUGCUGUGCUCGUGUUAUAGGUUAAUUCGGAUGCAAGUCACCACAUAUCAUCCGUGGUGAUGGUGGUUUUCGUCGAUUUUGACGGAAAAACGACUAUACGUGUGCGUCGGUGCGUUUAGUGUGUGCAUUCGAAGCUGAGACUUUUGGGCGGUUUGGUUUCUGUACAUCCUAGUAGUCAAUUAAUGGUUCUCGCUAUCUUUGUCGUUCCUUCGUCCAGGUCCAUUUUACUACCUUUUCUGCUCCCCACGGCCACUUAAACUCUUCUUUUCUUCCUACAGGUGGCUAUGAUGGAAACGAGUUUCUGUCCAGCGUCGAGAUUUAUGAUCCCUCCCGAAACAUGUGGGUAGAGCGAACCUUCAUGCCUUUUGGGAAGUCUGGUCACGCGGUAGUAACCAGCCGAGAACCCACCCUGACCACCUGAGAUCUUCUAUUUUCCCUGUUCUCUUAAAUUCUGCUCUCUAUUCACUACUCACUUAUUACUGCUCCAGCCUCCAGGCAGUGAAUCAGUGGAGGGUGUGGACGUCCUUAUUUUGUUGCGGCUCUCCGCCCCCCUCCCUCCUCUCCUAGUCCAAGAACUUGCCGAAAUUUGUGGAAUCAUAGCGAUGCCUUAUCACACUCGCUUGCAACAUAUGACUAUACCCAACAUCUUCCCAUCACCAGACUCAUCAAACCGACUUGACAGCUUCAUCACCACGAAUCUGCCCUAUGCCGGUGACGAUGACAACUGA